AUGUCAACCCAUGGUUGGGUGGAAGAGACUGGCAAAAUAGAACUGGGGAGAGCAGGGAGUGGGAGUGAAGAGGUGUGGAGAAGAACUGCUUUCCCAAGCGACGUUGAACCGGGAGUUCCAAAAACUUAUGUGAGUAUUGGAGUGAGUGGGUGGAUGGCCGCGUUCCGUUGGGGACCGUAUGGCGUACAGUAUGGCAUACUUCCCCCGAAUCGGGGGGGACCAGCAUACGGCUCGCCUUGCGGGAGCGUGCGGGACCUUGCGCUCCUCGGAGGUGAAUGCUUGGCGGUGUCUGGCAACUAUUGUUUAUCAACAAACCGCAGACGUCCGCCGCUUCACCACUAUAUUAUCAGUGUGGGGGAUGUAAAUGCUAUUUUGACAGCUUAUGCGACGUCACAGAACAUCAAAAACAAUGUGGACGCAAGAGCUAUCGGUCCCCCCAGCAGUGCCUGCAGAAUUGAUCCUGAGGUGGAGCGUGUCAGGAGAGAGUCCAACAAAACAGAGAAGAUGGGUUUUGACACGCUGAGCCUUGAGAAUCCUGCCUUUGCUGCCUACCUCUUCUAUUCCGCCGUGCUGUGUUUGAAGGUGAUCCUCAUGGGACCUCUGACUGGAUAUUAUCGUAUGACCCGCGGGGCCUUCGCCAACCCCGAGGACGCCAGUAAGUUUGGGGCCAAGAGCACCAAGACGGACUCAGACGUGGAGCGCGUGAGGAGAGCCCACCAGAACGACAUUGAGAACAUCCCAUUCUUCCUUGUGCUGGCGUCCCUCUUCCUCUUCACCAAUCCCAGCCCGUUCUUCGCAAAGGUGUUGUUCAGGAUCUUCACGGGCGGCAGGAUUCUUCAUACUAUCUUGUACCUGAGGGGCAGCUCUCUCAGGCCUCUCGCUUUCGUUAUCCCUACACUGGUUUCUGUUUACAUGGCUGUGUGCAUUAUCUACACCUUUCAUUGAUCGGGGAGUGUCGUGACUCAAGAGCGUGACAGGUGUUCAGUAUGAAAGCUGAAAGUUAAAUAAUGAUUGAAUAGUUUUGUACUCUCAGACUAGAUUUUGAAAGGAGCAGCUUAGAAGUAAAGAAAUUAAAUAAGUUUAGAAUAGCGAUCAAUAUUGCUUCUACGAUGAGUUUUGCCAGCCAUGGUUAUUUAUAUUAUGACUAUUAUCUCUUUACUCACUCACGUCUGUACACGUGAUUUUGAAUAAGUUAUGGCCAUUAUCUCAAAGCACUCUGUUAACAAAUGAUGAACGAUUGUUGUUAGAUAUUGCUAAACCAUUUUAAUAAAAACCCCGUCCUUUCUCGUUGUGCAA